GGCGCUGUGUGUCCUUGGGCGGAGCCGGGAGGUGACUCUGGCCGAAGAGGACGACGCAGCAUGAGGGCCCUGCGGGUGAGGGCCCCCAACGGCCGGGCCGGGCUCCCUGCUCAGCGCCCUUACCCUAAACAUCCCGGGAUCUGGGGCCGUGCAGCUACCCCCGUCCGAGCUGCGGAGGUGUCCCAGGCGCUGGUCCGCUCUUUCAGCUCUACAGCCCGGAGCCGCUUUGAGAACCGAGUGGCCGAGAAACAGAAAGUCUUCCAGGCGGACAACGACCUCCCGGUGCACCUGAAGGGCGGUGGGAUGGACAACAUCCUCUACCGCCUGACCAUGACCCUGACUCUGGGAGGCACUGUCUACAGCUUGUACUGCCUUGGCUGGGCCUCCUUCCCCCACAAGAAGUGAGAACAAGACGCCUGGAGGACACAGGGGACUUCAGUAUCAAUAAAUGUGCUGGCUCUGG